AAGUGAGGUUAGGCGAUGUGCGGCUCUUCAUUCCAGUCAACGCAACCUGAUCUGACGCACUACAGAUGAAUCAGAAGAUGAAUCUGUUUCUUGCUCUGUGUACGCUGCUGUGUGUCAGCACAUGCUCGGCUCAGCCAGGUGCAAAGGCGAGCCAUUCGGCGACCCUGCAGCCCUGGUUGGUCGGUCUGUCUGCUGUUGUUGGCUUCCUCUGCAUUGUCUUCAUCAUCCUGAUUGCCCACAGACUCUUGAAGAAGAGAUCUAAAGAUGAUGACUAUAUCCAACAGACUGACGAUCUGCAUGACGGUCACUACAAGCAAACCAAUUUUUGA